AUGGCUCUAAUGCUUGCUCUUCAUUGUUUACAGGGUUCAGUAAGUAGAUUUGCCUUCUUUUACUUGCAACGGUGGCCUUCGUUUAUUCAAAUCAAAUGUCUGCGGAACGCUGCUUUGGAAGAUCGAUGCCGGCAAAAUCAAACCGAUGUUAUGGCUUCAGACUUGCACUGUAUCCUUACGUGCAACAGCUCUGAUCCUUAG